AUGGUCACCGAAGCCGACCUCAAGCCCUGGCUCAAAGCCCCAACACGGCGGUACAUCCUCACCAACGCCACCAUCGUCGACGUCACCGACGGCUCCCUCCACCCCAACGCCGCCGUCCGCCUCAAAGACGGCCUCAUCGACGCCAUCCUCCCCUCCGACCCCUCCACCGUCUCCGCCGCCGUCGCCGAUGGCUUCGCCGAAGUCGACUGCGCCGGCAAGUUCCUCUGCCCGGGCCUCAUCGACUCCCACGUCCACGUCAUGGCCGUCCCGGGCUUCGACUCCCUCGCCGCCGCCUUCAGCAACCCCAACGAGGUCUCGCUGCUCCGCCAGCCGUACGUCUGCGCCCAGAUGCUGCACCGCGGCUUCACCAGCAUCCGCGACUGCGGCGGCGCCCUGCUCGCCCUGAAGGAGGCCAUCAAUGACGGCGUGUUCCCCGGCCCGAGGCUGUUCAUCGCGGGCCAUGCGCUGUCUCAAGCCGGCGGACACGGGGAUGUUCGCCGCGGACCGCAUGAUCACAGCGAGUGCUGCGGCGGGUCGACAACCGGCUUGGGGCGGUUGUGCAACGGCGUGCCGGAGUGCAUGACCGCGGUGCGCGAGGAGAUCCGCACCGGCGCGGACUUUAUCAAGAUCAUGGGCUCCGGCGGCGUAUCAUCCCCGACGGACAAGAUCGACCACCUCCAGUUCACGGGCGCAGAGAUCCGCGCGAUAGUGGAGUGCGCAGCGAACGCGGGGACGUACGUCACCGCGCACGCGUACACGACGAAGGCGAUCCGGCAUUGCAUCGACAACGGGGUGCGAGGCAUCGAGCACGGCAACUUCGUGGAUGUGCCGACGGCGAAGCUGAUGGCGCAGAAGGGCGUGUACCUCACCCCGACGCUGAUCACGUACGCGCAGAUGGCGUCGGAGAAGUGGAAGGGCUACCUCCCGCCCGAGUCGCGGGUCAAGAACGAGGAGGUGCUGACGGCGGGCCUGGUGGCGCUGAAGACGGCGUACGAGGCGGGCGUGACGAUAUGCUUCGGGACGGAUCUGCUGGGCCCGCUGGGCGCGGCGCAGAGUUUCGAGUUCUCGUUGAGGGGGAAGGCGAUCCCGGCGCUGGCGGUGCUGCAGAGCGCGACGAUCAACCCGGCGAGGAUGUUUGGCAGGGAGGCGUCGCUGGGACAGGUCAAGGCUGGGUUUGAGGCGGAUAUUAUCAUUGCGAAUGCGAACCCGCUGGAGGACGUGGGAAUCUUUGAUGACCCGGAGGCGUCGGUUGCGGCGGUGAUUAAGGAGGGCAGGGUGUAUAAGAGCAGAUGGGACGGGAUUAAGGAGGACUCGGCGGUGCCGAUUAGGAUCAAGCCGGCGCUUUGA